AUGGCUGAUUUCAAUGCAGAUAUCAGAGCUUCAAACUCUUUUCCUUUCUUGGAUCAAAUUGAUCCAAACAUUGAACCAAUAAACCAAUUUCAGAGUUUCAUUGACAAUUCCCACUUUGGUUACAUGCCUAAUUUCACAAACGACAACUUCUUAGGCCACCAACAACAACCUGAUUUUCCAGGAAACUUGGAGAAAAAUUUCCCCUGUAUUUUCCGUCAAAACAAUCAGAAUUCCGUGAUCCCCAUGUCGCAGACCGGUCCAAAUGAUCAGUAUUGCUUAUUACAUGAAGGCAAGAAGAGAAAAGCAAUUGAUGUAUCAAAAAGCAGCACUUGCAACUCUUCUCCUCCAGUUUCUCAUAGUGGGAUUAUCAGGAAAAAUAGUUCAAGAAGAGGAAAGAGAGUGAAAAGCAACGAUGAUGAAGAGGAAGAGAAAGCAAAAGAAGUGGUUCAUGUUAGAGCCAGAAGAGGCCAAGCCACUGAUAGCCACAGUUUAGCAGAAAGGGUUAGAAGAGGAAAAAUCAAUGAAAGAUUAAGAUGCUUGCAGAACAUAGUCCCAGGAUGCUAUAAGACCAUGGGAAUGGCAGUAAUGUUGGAUGAGAUAAUCAAUUAUGUUCAGUCCUUGCAAAAUCAAGUUGAGUUUCUUUCAAUGAAGCUUACAGCAGCAAGCACAUUCUAUGACUUCAAUUCAGAAACAGAUGCAAUCGAGACAAUGCAGAGAGCAAAAGCAUAUGAAGCAAAACAAAUGCAAAGAUUGAUGAGAGAAGGAAAUUCAGGAGUUGGGAGCUUCCACACAACAACAACAAAGCCCCAUUGACUUCAAUUUUGGAUUCUACUACUAAUUAAUGCCACACAACACAUGAAUAUGUUCUGUUUAAUUUUCCUUUUUUAAAAUUUUUAAUAUAUCAAACAUGUUAUAUAUAUAUAUACAGCACAAGUGGAAAUGUAUAACUUGCAUAACCAGAAGAAAAACCAAUUCAAAUAUGGACAAAAAUGAU